AUGUCCAAGGGUCGUGUUUGUCUCGCCUAUUCCGGUGGACUUGACACGUCUACGAUUCUUGUCUGGCUGAUCCAGGAGGGAUACGAGGUGAUUGCUUUUUUGGCCGAUGUGGGUCAAAUCGAGGACUUUGCUGCCGUCGAGAAGAAGGCUCUUCAGCUCGGCGCCAAAGCCUUCGUUUGCGAAAACCUCCAGCGUGAGCUCGUGGACGAAGUCGUAAAGCGAGCUAUCCAGUGCAAUGCCGUCUUUGAGUCUCGGUACCUUUUGGGCACAGCACUUGCUCGCCCUGUGAUCGCCCGCAGCCAAGUUCGAGUCGCAGAAAAACACGGUUGCCAAUACUUAUCGCAUGGCUGCACUGGAAAAGGAAACGACCAAAUUCGCUUUGAGCUGGCUUUCCAUGCGCUCAACCCUAACAUUGAGGUUAUUGCCCCAUGGCGACUUCCCGCUUUCGUCGAGCGUUUCAAGGGUCGCAAUGACCUGCUUAAGUUCGCCGCUGAGAACGGAAUCCCCGUUAGCUCUACGCCCAAGGCCCCCUGGUCAAUGGAUGAGAACAUUGUUCACAUCUCCUACGAAGCGGGAAUUCUGGAAGACCCCGAGACGACUCCCCCGAAGGAGCUUUGGCUUCGUACUAAGGACCCCAGGGAUGCGGCUGAUGAGCCCGUCGAAUUCAGCAUUCACUUCGAAAAAGGUGUCAUCUCUAAGGUUGUCAUCGGCCAGGAGGAGAUUACCGACUCCGUUGAGUCCUUCAAAGCCCUCAACAAGAUUGGAGGCGAUGCUGGUGUCGGACGCAUUGACAUCGUUGAGAACCGUUUUAUUGGACUAAAGUCCCGAGGUUGCUAUGAAUCGCCAGGCCUCACGCUGGCCCUGGCGGCCCAUUUGGACCUCGAGGGUCUCGUCAUGGACUCCCGAGUGCGAGAACUCCGGGAUCAAUUCGUCAGUCUGAACUGGGCACGCCAGCUUUAUAACGGCAUGUACUUCAGCCCUGAACGCGAGUUCAUCGACAACUCUAUUGAGUUCUCUCAGCGUAAUGUUUCUGGAAUUGUGCGACUGUCUGCCUACAAGGGCAACGUGACUAUCUUGGGCCGUUCCAGCCAGUCAUCCAACUUGUACUCCCAGGAGGAUGCUUCUAUGGACUCUCUCGAGGGCUUUUCCCCGAUGGAUACCUCUGGUUUCAUUGCCAUCCAGGCUAUGCGCCUCAAGAAGUACGGCGAGCAGAAGCGAAAGGACGGCGCACCUCUUAGCCAGUCCUAA